AUUUUCUGCUGCUGCUGCUUCUGCGGUACAAGCUGCCGCUAGUAAGUCAGAGGAAGGAGGAUCGAGAGGGAGGAGGCUUCAUUUGCAGCCAUGCUGAAUCACUGUUGCUGAUCAGAUCUGCUGGUUGGCUGCGAGAACUGAGAACAGAGCUAGGAUCUCUGGGUGCAUGCACAGUUCAGCAGCUGCCAUCCCCGCUGGGCCUCGCACAAUGGAGGGUGAAAGCAUCAAGCUGAGCUCCCAGCCCCCGAUACAGGCUGGGGAUGAUGAGAAGAACCAGAGGACUAUCACUGUCAACCCUGCCCACAUGGGGAAGGCGUUCAAGGUUAUGAAUGAACUGCGGAGUAAGCAUCUGUUGUGUGACGUGAUGAUUGUGGCAGAAGAUGUCGAGAUAGAAGCCCACCGUGUGGUCCUGGCAGCCUGCAGCCCCUACUUCUGUGCAAUGUUCACAGGUGACAUGUCUGAGAGUAAAGCCAAGAAGAUUGAAAUCAAGGAUGUGGACGGGCAGACGCUGAGUAAACUGAUAGACUACAUCUAUACGGCCGAAAUUGAGGUGACUGAAGAGAACGUCCAGGUGCUGCUCCCAGCAGCCAGCUUGCUGCAGCUCAUGGAUGUUCGGCAGAACUGCUGUGACUUCCUUCAGUCUCAGUUGCAUCCCACCAAUUGCCUGGGCAUUCGUGCAUUUGCAGAUGUGCACACCUGCACUGACCUUCUGCAGCAGGCCAAUGCUUACGCAGAGCAGCACUUUCCAGAGGUGAUGCUGGGGGAAGAAUUUCUUAGCCUAAGUCUGGACCAGGUGUGCAGCUUGAUAUCCAGUGACAAGCUGACUGUUUCCUCAGAAGAGAAGGUAUUUGAAGCUGUGAUUUCAUGGAUCAAUUAUGAGAAAGAAACCCGUUUAGAGCACAUGGCAAAGCUGAUGGAACAUGUCCGCCUCCCUCUUCUCCCAAGGGAUUACCUUGUCCAGACAGUUGAAGAAGAAGCUUUGAUAAAGAACAACAAUACCUGUAAGGACUUCCUCAUUGAAGCCAUGAAAUAUCAUCUGCUCCCUCUGGAUCAGAGGCUCCUGAUUAAGAAUCCAAGGACCAAGCCCAGGACUCCCGUCAGUCUGCCCAAGGUCAUGAUCGUGGUCGGUGGACAAGCCCCCAAGGCGAUCCGCAGUGUGGAGUGCUAUGAUUUCGAGGAGGACCGAUGGGACCAGAUUGCCGAGCUUCCCUCCAGAAGAUGCAGAGCAGGUGUGGUGUUCAUGGCUGGCCACGUGUAUGCUGUGGGCGGGUUUAAUGGCUCACUGCGUGUGCGGACAGUGGACGUGUAUGACGGUGUGAAGGACCAGUGGACGUCCAUUGCCAGCAUGCAGGAACGCCGGAGUACGCUGGGUGCAGCUGUGCUUAAUGACCUGCUCUAUGCCGUGGGGGGCUUUGAUGGCAGUACUGGCCUAGCGUCGGUGGAAGCCUACAGUUACAAGACCAACGAGUGGUUCUUCGUGGCCCCAAUGAACACGCGGCGGAGCAGUGUGGGUGUGGGUGUCGUGGAGGGAAAGCUGUAUGCUGUUGGGGGUUACGAUGGGGCUUCCCGCCAGUGCCUGAGCACCGUGGAGCAGUACAACCCUGCGACCAACGAGUGGACCUACGUGGCAGACAUGAGCACCCGCCGCAGUGGCGCAGGAGUUGGAGUCCUCAGCGGACAGCUGUACGCCACAGGCGGUCAUGAUGGGCCCUUGGUGCGGAAGAGUGUUGAGGUUUAUGAUCCUGGAACAAACACCUGGAAGCAGGUGGCAGACAUGAACAUGUGCCGGCGCAAUGCAGGGGUCUGUGCAGUGAAUGGGCUCCUGUAUGUGGUUGGAGGGGAUGAUGGAUCCUGCAACUUGGCUUCGGUGGAGUACUACAACCCUGUCACCGACAAAUGGACGCUGCUGCCAACCAACAUGAGCACGGGGCGGAGCUAUGCGGGUGUUGCUGUGAUUCACAAGCCCUUGUGACCCCAACUCCCACUGCCAGGAGGCGGGAGAUGGGAGGGGUGCUGCCUGGGACUCCAAACAGAGGGAUCACCACGCUGGAUCCCACUUGCUGGAAGAGUCUGCAGCAGAGCGAGAACUGCCCUCCUCCGACUUGGCGCAGUGGAGUCCGGAGUCAAGACUGUGAUCCACCUCCCGCACCCCUGAGGGGUUUUGGCCUCUUUCCUAAGCAGUGGGUUUCUGAUAGCUUCAGGUGGCACCUUUGGGCUUUUUUUGUUUCUACAGGGACAAUGUGUGUGUAAGAGAGAGAGUAAGUGUGUGUGUCUGUGUGAGUGUGUGUAUAUGUGAGUUUAGAACAUGGUAUUUCACUAGCUUGGGGGUGGGGUGUGACAGUCUACUGGUUUUCUGUACUACUGAUCCCUCCCUCCUCUGUGCUGAAAAUCAAAUCACAGAAACCUCUCCUCUGGAUUUGCCCCAUGGGCACCCUGAGACUACUACAGCUGCUGUCUGCUGGAAGUCCAGCUGGACAGCAAUGUCCAGAAGUGACCGGCAGGAGAAGCCGUGCUUGGACCAUGCCCACAUACUGGCCUUAACCACUGGCACUGUCUGCAGAAGAAGUGGGCAUCCUCAAAGCUGCACUGACUCCUCUGUGGUGAGAACCAGGAGCAAGGGGGCUCCCUGGUCCCUCAGCUGGGCCCUCUUCCUUGGGCUGUCCUGCAGGAAGCGCACGGGAACUGCUCAGUCUUCAGACCUACUAGUCUUUGACAUCAUAGAUUCCAGGUUUGGGAGAUUUUGUGUUUCUUCAGCUGCGAAAACUAGUUUUUCAGAGAAGCCCUGAGUAAGACACUAGGAAAAAAAUAUACAUGAAAAACAAAAGCAAAAAAAAAAAAAAAAAAAGAAAAAGAAAAAUCAAAGUGGAAAGGCUUCAGUCUCUGCCCAUAAUGGUCUCGAAGAGAAUCCUACUUCUGGAUUUUUUCAGGAUACGAAAGUCCUCAUUACCUAUGACCCAGGAGUAACUAUUCACAACAUCCUAUUUACUCUUGAAAGUGUUCUGAUUUGGAGGAUUAGUAAAGGUUAUCCUACCUCCAAACCCAAGGAUAGUUUUGUCCCUGAAUUGGAUGGGGUCACGUGUGACUCAGAUGGACUUGGAUGCCUUCAAAGGAGUUGACUGGGGCUGGUCCUUAGCACUUUGUGAUGAUGGGCCUGUCUGUCUGAGCCUGUCUUCCUGUCCUUGUGCUCUCCCCUAUCCCAGGGCCUGUGCCUUCUCUCCCACCCUCAAAACACUCCCCUCUGCCUCGCUUCCCCUGUGGGGAAGAAGAUGGUGGUAGGCCCCGGAUGUGUGACCUCUCUUGGGGGCACUUGCAUUUUAAGAGAGGAGCUGAUGAGAACUUUGCUAAUUCACAGGUAAAAAUUAUUAAUGACAACUUCAAGAAUCUGGGGGCAGGGGGAAGCAGGUAUGGGAAGGUGAACAGUCAUUUGCAUUAAAAAAAAAAAAAGAACCUUGAAGAUGUGCUGUUCCUAAAGUAGCAAGUUACUUAUAUUGGGAUUUCUGGCAUAAGGAGUGGAGGUCUUGUCUCUUGGGGGCUAGAGUUUAAACUUCCGUGGUGUAAAAGUCCACCUAAAGGGGGUCAAGGAGCUUUAUGAACUCUGAUAUUGGACUUCUGACACACCUGGUCUCCUUCCAAGCAGAUACUCUAGGAACCGGCCUUCCCCCCACCUCACCUGCCCAGUUAGAAACCCAGGAUCUUCCCAGCUAGUUGGCCACUUUGUAUUUUUACAGUAUAUUUAUCGUGCACUAAACACUGAACUCUCUUGAAGAUGAAACUUCUGAUGUUGAGCAGAUGUUAUUUCAGUGAGACAUUUGGAGUGAACUAAGGCACCCCGAAUUUUUAGUAACCUUGGGAAGAGGCUAAAUAUCCAGCUUUGAUGGACCUGGAAGAAAUCGCCAAAGGAAUCAAGGCGAGUUUUAGUUGGGUGCCCGCUCUCAGCUGGCACUGGAAGUGACUGUGGCGUCCGAGCUCUGCCUUGCUCUGGGCGGAAGCUGAUGGAAUGGGCUUUUUGUUCUGAAUGUUCUUCCUCCCUCUCUGAGGAAGGUCUGGGACAUAGCUUUGGGGUAUGUGUGUGUAUGUGUGUGUACGCUGGGGAUGAGGAUGAGGUUAGGGUCUGAUGUGUGCUGUUCACACAGCAUCUGAAUUCAGAUGAAAGGUGAGAUUUCCCCUCCCCUCCCCUACCACGUAGGAGCUGGGCUUUCACUCUUUGUGGGAGAGGCUAUUGUUUGUGUAUCAUCUUCUCAGAAGGGUCCCUUUCCCUGAAAGCUAGCCAGCUGUGUUUCCUGCUUUUGGAGUUUUGCUAUUGGUUCCACCUCACGUCUCCCUUCCAAGGAAGCACAGUCCCUGCUGGCAGUGCUGCUGAGGCCGCCAUGUUCAUUUCAUCCUCACGUGUCCUUCUCAUGGGGCCUAGAACACUGGUAUGUCAUCCCCAAAAAGCCAACUGCUCUAACUGCCCACAGAUGCCAUCAAAAACCAGAUGUCUUUUUAUCACCAGGUACUAUUCUCUCUCCACAGUGGGCACAACAGACUUAUUUUCAAGUCUGUGCUGGUCAUGUGGUAGAUGAACCCCUCAAACCCCAUUCAGGUGGCCACAACUACGUGUGAAUGCAGCCGUGCCAGUGGUGUAUCUGAAAUCUGAUUGGAGUGAUGAAAUGGAGUUGUGGCCCAAGGUUAGAAGCCGCUUAGAUGCUACUUGGAUGGAGAUUUGGGCUACAUAGAAGUCAGACUCUGAAUUCCAAAGUUAUGUCUCAUAAGUACCCAAUGGCGUCGCUCCAUCUAAAAAGUUGCAGUAUUAUGCAAAUGAAAGUGACCUCAUUUUCUGCUAUGCAAUAAGAAUACUUAAUUCUAUUUCAUGACAUACCAGUUGUAACAUCUCCUAAGAUGCUUUUUGAGCUGUCUUACUUUGAUAUCUGUUGUGUAAUGUUUGUAUA